UCUGUAGCUAAUUUUGACAACGCCAAAUACUGUGGAUGCACUGAGGAUAAUCUCCCACAAUGCGGCUGCUGCGUGGAUCUUGAAGCUAACUAUACAGGUAUUACUGUUCACCAAUUAUCGCAAAGAGUGUGUAAAAGUAAUGGUUAUGGUGUAUCUGACCUUGAAUACCUCAGUUAAUUGCCUCAUUAUGUCACUUUUCACUUACUGUAUCAGGGUUUGGGGUGUUGUGGCUUAUACCAAAUACCUUGGUCGGAUUGAUAGGCUAUUGAGAAGGACCUUUCGAUUUGGGUAUAUUCAACAUGAAACAUAGUCUCCUUCGCAGCCGUUAUUAGGGUCGUCACUCGUCACGACUCUAAUAACGGCUGCGAAGGAGACUACAUGAAACAUCGACCAAACAGAUUAUAAAAGACAGGGAUUUGAGGUUCUGAAAAGUAUUUUGGGUACUCCCUCGCAUCCCCAGCAAGAUCUUCCCCCCCCCGCCCCACCCCUUUUAAGAACAGGGCUCUACGCAGUAGGUCGCAUCCUUAUCAGGACCCAUGUGUUGAGACUGAGAGGUUUAAGAAAUGCUUUGUAAAUAGGUGUCUAUAGAUAUUUGUUACAAGGCGGUCAUGUUGGGGGUCAAUACAAUAGAAGUUUUUCUCGAAGAAUUUACAUGAAAAUAGAGUUUAGUUCCCAGAGGAGAGAAAUGAUUUUUUUCUUGACCACCAAGAUUGCCGCCGUGACGUACGUCACGUAAAAACCAGCAGUACCGGUUAGUUUUUGGUGCCGACAUGAAAAGCCAACUGGCACGGUACGAACAGCAGUGCCACAGAACUGAAACAAGGCGUUCACACAUCGAACUCCGUGCCAGAGUGGUUGGCCAUGAUGGUUUAGUGCACUAAAUCCCAAUCAUCACUUCCCAAUAUAGUCAACUCUCUCACUGCGACCAUUUCCCGUAAGCGAUCGACGAGUAGAUUGUAACAUUGAUGCAAAAUGUUAUACACAAAGUUUUAAACAGUUCCAUACGCUAUUCAAUGUAUAAAAUUAUUGACAAUUUUCUAUUUGCCUAAGUUUUAGCUUUUAAGUAAUAACUUUAUGUAAUUAUGUUAACCAGUAAAGUCUAAGCCUAUCCCUGCUCGGGAUUAUUUUUCAGUCUGUGCAAACCUGACCUACAUUGAAGCAGAACUGGUGAGUCCGGCCAUUGUGUUAAAAAUUUGUUUGAAUCAUAGACGCCUCUUAAGUUCUACUGGGAAAAGCAGUGGUACUCUAGUGGUAAUUCGCCACUGAAAAAGCGAGGAGGAAACUGUACCGAGUAAACUUUUCGUUAACACUUCUGGCUUCAUGGCUUAUGCGCAUGCGCGAAAACAAAAAAAAAGCUGCUUAAUUACCCAUUCACGUCCUCAGAGCCACUCGGUUUAAGUUGUAACGAACCACGUGACCAAGAAACAACGGGCUCUGGGAACGAGAAUGCUUAAUUACAUAUAAUUAGCAGAAAUUUAAGACCUCAGUGCUGGAAACCUCCUUUCUAGUUAUUCCCGUGCUAACUAGCCGAAAAACGGUUCAAAAAGAAGGUUUUGGUCCAAAAUGCGGUUUUUCCCUAAUAGACUGACGACAAAGAGUUAACGUCUAACUAUUGAAUUAGUUAAAUGUUGUUGUAAGGACAAUUAAAGAUACUAAUUUAAUUAUAUUUAAAAACUUUUCAAUGCAGUUGUACAAAAUUCGUUUCACCUGCGUGUUUCAAGAUCCUUAUAGCGGACAGUUUCAUUCCGACAGGUUUUUCAAAACUGGAAGUAACUAGUAAAUAGAUUUCCAAGUUUUAGAUUUCAAACAAAAAAUCAACCGUAAAUUUAAGAUCUUUUGUUCUACUUCAAAUAGAGGUUCCUUUGUAGUUGGAUGCAUCUUAUCACUGACAAUGGCUUUUUUACACGUUUGUUCAUUUAAAUACUGAAACUCCGAAAUAUUCAGCUGUAAUAAACUGGAAAAUAUAAAGCUCUGUACAACUGCGAAGUGCUGCUUAAGAGGUUUCCAGGUUGCAAGAGGGAAUUAUGUUCACUAACUCCACGUACUAGACUUCAUGUCUUUGUGACCUUAAAAGUGCAGAGCCGAUGAAAAUUGACGUACGUGUAAUCCGAAAUAGGUUGAGUGCAAUUUGUAGUUUAUAUUAUAUAUCGGCGAGGCACUCCUCUCCAUCAAUGCUAGUAGCUACGCAGAUUGGACGUUCUCGGGAGGAUUGUGUUCAAGCAGACAUCUAUGCAUGCAGCCGUAGUGAUCUCGAUAGCACUCCGGGGCUGUAUCGUCUCCUGGGAAUUUUUGUCUGCACUUGUAAUGUUUAGCAUUGCAGUCUCGGCAGCAGUCGAAAAAAUACAAGCAAAGCCAAGUGUAUUUGUCAUUUCUGUUGAACACAACCGUAGAUGCUAAAACACAGUCGGCUGGCUUGCGUUGAAAUUGAAAAAAGCUGGCGUUUUUCUGUUGAAAAUGAAGAAAAAAAGACAAGGCUUAAAUUAUCAUAAUUCCACAGAGAUUUUGAACAUCGUAAAAUAAUGCAGUUUAGGGGCACUAUGAGUUUAAUUGAGUUCAUGUGUCAAGAAGGGUGCUUAUUCCAAGGGGCGCUUAUUGGUUUUUGAUGAUGUAGGCCUAAAGAUGACAAGAAAGUAAAACAAGUUCAUAUUUCCCCACAAAUUUAUAAAAGUUUAACUGCCCGUAAAAAUUAACGCUCUCAUAACGCUAAAUUAACCUCGUUAAUAGUGCUCUCAUUAAAUUUGCUUCCCUCUUUAAACACCUCCCUCGCCUUACUAUUGAUGGCAUUAACAGUAACAAGCUAUAUUAAAAUUAAGAAACCGCGCUCACCGUUAAAUACUCAGGUACAUCCAACUUAUCGCACUCUUGUUCACAAAUGGACAAGCAUUUUGUAGACUCGUCGUGCUCCACAGGGACGGAAUCCUGUGCGAACCCAAAACUGGUCGUACCGCCCAGAAAUUUCCUGUGUCCAGGUUGAAAGAAUCGCCGAACAUAUUCUUCCGAGGUUAUGGAAUUUACCACAGCAAUGGCAAGUGGGACUGUCAGAAUGAAAGAGCAUGACUUCAUAGCGAGUUUGUUGUUUGGCGGCAUAAACUCGGACGAAGUCAAUAACAAUUCCACUUUUUUGGCAUUGUGUUUUUAUGUACUUAUAUUGCUUUGUUCGCCCUUGAGGGAGCAACAAACAAUUGGAGCGAAUUAAAGGCGGACUUCUUAACUCCGAAUCCGCAAUGUUUAGAACAUUUUGGUGAAUUUAUAGGUAGAAUUUUAAAGAUUUCAAACUAUAUAUAUUUUUGCAAUUAAAACUGAAAACCCAUCUUUUGAGAACAUAAUGCCCAAUGCAGUCUAAAGAGCUAAAAUUUGUAAAUGGUCCAACACGUACAUGUUGUCUGUUUAAUUCAGUUCAGUUUUUUCCGCAUAACUGCAUCCCUUGAUAACAUAUUGAAAGUAAUAUCUGUCAAAACGUAGGAGCAUUACGCCUGAUUUGUCCAGAACGAAAACAAUAUUUGAAUACUUGGUUCUCGUCCAAACAGUUGGGGUGAAUAAGAAUUUUUAAUAGUUGUCAUCAAUUUCUGUACGUUUUACUUUUUUCAGGGAAUUCGGUUUACUCUGAUGGUUAAUGGUGAAGUGUAUAUCAACAAAACGCUGUCUGGUGAGAUUAGCUUUUUUAAAUUUUCGCUCGAAGAUCCUCAAUAGACAGGCCAAUAACAAGUGAACCCUUUCCAACGGUUUAGUGGAGGAAAAAUAUGAAAAGGCGAUGGAGAGAAGAACUAUAAGAGAGGAGAAGGGCUUUACUCUUUUUCUCCCCUUCUGCUUUCUUCCCCCUUUCGCUUCUUCUCCCCUUUCCCACUAGGAAAGCCUAAUUACUUAGGUUACAGUACUUGUCUCAUUUAUUGAAACACUUGUCACGGUUACGCCCUCCCCAAUGUUGAUUCACGUAACACCCAUUUACAAAUAUACCCGAAUCUCAACAUUAGGGAAGGAGAGUAGUAGUACACUCGUGGAAAAGUUAGGUAAGUAGCUGAGAGGGCGUGACAUGAAAAAAAAACUCAGUUUCAGUGUCAGUAGUAUUAAUAUUGAUAGUGCAUGACUAAUUCAGCCUGCGAAGCAAGUAGCAAGCAUUUCCUUGCCUUAUAAAAAAGUUUGUUGCUUUGCAGGUUAAUUGACUAAUAACAACUUGUGUUCGGAACACAAGCAGACCUCAGAACCACAAACUAAUUCCCUUUGGUCCUCGCUGUUGAGAUUUUUCUUCUAGUGGCCCUUUUCACGCAACUCGAUAACAUUCCACAAACAAUAUGUUAGUUGUUCACGGCUUUUUGAAUUUCACAGUACGUCAUUUAUUAUGGACAAUAUUAAAUGAUCAAUGCAUUGAAAACAGAAAGUUAUUCGCCCAGGAUCUUUGCAAAUUUGCUUAAAUUACGGUACAAAGCAAUCAACUCCUUUCUCGACAAACCCCGUCUGAAAUUCUCGAGAAUUAGCGGCAAAUCCGGGGAUUUUCCUGAGAAAUUUUGUACAUGUAGAGUCGGUCUCCUCCAUUCUUCAGUCACCUUCUUGGAUUUUCUAUACGAUGGACUCCCCUGUAAAACGGACACCUAGAGCUGGUCCCUGCAGUUUUCAGUAUUUUCUCCUAACUCUUUAUAGAUGGACAGGGGCAGCUAGUUGAGACGAUAGAAUGUUCGUGGUGAAAUUUUAUUGUAAGAUCCAGAAAAGCUUCUGGGCACUUACUCUUACCGAACCAGUUCCAGAAGCGUUUGAAUUGCCUGCUUCCGGUUGGCCAAAAAAAAUGAUUUCUCGAUCUUAUAGUAAACUUUCACCAUGGGUCUCCGAGGAUGAGAUGGCCCCUGCCAUUCUUCACUCUCCGUCUUUGAUUCUCUAGAGAGAAUUGACUGAACAUGAAAAGGAAAAAUACUUUCUUUUCUUUGUACGCAGGAAGAAACCCCCCUCCUUUAUGCCGUGGGGUCAUAGGCGUGGCCGAUUUCUGUGUUAAAAUCUACAACAUAUCCUACGAAGAGGGCAAUUUUGGUGGCUGCUUAGAGUUAUACGCAGAUUUUGUGGAGCGAGUCUUUGACCUGAAGCUUGGCUGCUGGUACCUAGACGAUGAGGUUGGUAGCUCUGUGGCUGAGGACAACAUUACUGAGGAGCCUGUGGACAAGAGAGCUAAGCUCCGAUCUCUUUUCAAACUCAGCAACAGUGCAAAGGAGCGAAUCUUUAAUGAGAUGAACAAGUGGUCCGACAUAGACGGGGAUUUGGGUGUUUCGAAUGGCAUCCACAGUGAUCGUCUUCCCGUGGAGGCUUCGGUUGAAGAAUUUGAGGAAACAAAUGAUAGUUUUUAA